GUUGCGAACUGGCGUUUUCUUUCGCGAGCCCCUUGUUGGGCGAUGGAGUGGCGGCACUGACACAGGCAUGAGGUGUCACUGACAGUGAGCGUCGAGUGGUAUUGGGUGAUGAUGGAGGUAACGGGGACGUGGCAUAGAAAGGUUGGUACAAACCAUUUGAGUUAGGGCUAGUGAUGCUUUGCCAGGUGGAGGUGAUAUUCAUUGGGACCACAUGACGCUGUCAGCAGUCAGCCCACGCAAGCACUACUCGUUGUCAUGGUUAGCAGCAUAAUGAACGCGUGAGAAAUGUAUCCCACAAUGUACCUCCCUCCAUUAACCAGUGAUAUCAUGUUUUGUAGAGAGUUGGGAAUAUACUCGUUAUAGUUUGAUUCAUUCCCCCUUCUCUCGUCAUGUGGUCCCAGGACUGGGCCUCUCAAAACGAAACUUUUGUCCAAUCACGAGACGUGGCUCCCCUCCACGUCAUGCCUUGCUGUCGCUUUCAGCCCAGUCUGACGUCUGGCCGGUUUGUUGUGCCGUCAGUAAUCGCCCCUCGGCCCCACACACUUUCUGCUGCCAGCGCAACUCCUUCGAAAGUCACGAUCAAGAUUCAUAUUUCACCCUUGAAACCCUUCAGCACUCCAGCACUCCAGUACUCCAGCAAAACCCCAACCAUGGCUCCUCCUGGAAUGCCCAGCACAUGACAAUUUCGUCACCAGGCCUCUCGAUAUCCAAGGGGUCACCCUGCAGUUUCCGAGUUUGCCCGGGAUCCAACUCGUCCAGGAUGGGUAGCCCUAAAAUGUUUGACUGUUUUUGCAGGCAAGAGUUUCGUCAAAGCUCGGAAUAAGCCACUCCUGACAAUGACAGGGGGAGAUUUAAUUACUAGAGGCACGAACGUUUACAUUAGAUUUUA